AGUUGCGUUCCUACUGUAUGCCGAUGACUCACAGACUGUCGUUCUGUCGUCUUGUGAAUGAGUCGUGAUUCAUCGACACCGAAUCAUCGGAUAUAAUGAACAUAUACGAGAAAUCAGAGACCGAGAUGAGAGUCUGAUUUUUAAUUAUUAGACCAGCGCUGCGGAAUUCACUCCGGAAGACUCAACCUCGUUGAAUGGAGGACCUGCUGAGCCUUGAUCUUAGAUCUACAAAUCUUCAAAAGUGUUUUGCAGAAGAAAGAAAGUCAGCUCUCAGAUGGCAUGAGGGCCUCUUGAUGUUCUCAUCUGACUGACCUGCAGCUACCAUCAGGAUGAUAGAGGCGGCGGGCCGGAAGGGCAAUGUCAUGGCAGAUAGUAGGCAGAUCUUUACAGACAUGAAGACACAGAAUUAUGACACCAUUCGGCUGUCCACAUAUCGAACCGCCUGCAAGCUUAUAUUUGUGCAGAAAAAAUGCAACUUGCAUCUGGUGGACGUGUGGAACAUGAUUGAGGCGUUUCGUGAUAAUGGUCUGAACACACUGGACAUCUGUACUGAGAUCAGCAUGGCUCGACUGGAAACCAUCAUCACCUGCAUCUACCAGCAGCUAAACAAGCGUCUGCCCACCACACACCAGAUCAAUGUCCAGCACAACACCAGCCUGCUGCUUAACUUCAUGAUGGCGGCGCACAACAGUGAUGCUCAGGGAAGGCUGACAGUGUUCUCUGUGAAAGUGAUGCUCUCUGUGCUGUGUGGAGGAAAACUGCUGGAUAAACUUCGCUAUAUUUUCUCCCAGAUAUCAGAUUCUCAUGGUGCGAUGGUGAUGUCGAAGUUCGACCACUUCCUGCGGGAGGCACUAAAACUACCCACUGCUGUGUUUGAGGGGCCGUCAUUUGGCUACACGGAUCACUUCGCAAGAUCCUGUUUUCCUCAACAAAAAAAGGUGAUGCUGAACAUGUUCCUGGAUUCUCUGAUGUCAGAUCCUCCUCCUCAAUGUCUCGUUUGGCUUCCUCUCCUACACAGAAUGGCUGAUGUGGAGAACGUGUACCAUCGGGUGAGCUGUUCUUUCUGUCGAUCAGAGGGCAUGAUGGGAUUCCGUUAUCGCUGUCAGCAGUGUUUUAACUAUCAACUCUGUCAGAACUGUUUUUGGCGUGGUCAUGCCAGCGGAAAUCAUAGCAACCAGCACCAGAUGAAGGAGCAUUUAUCCUGGAAAUCUCCAGCUAAAAAGUUGGGUCGUGCCAUCAGUAAGUCUUUUGGCUGUGUGCCGAGCAGAGAACCGUCCCACCCCAUCUAUCCUGAAUACCCAGAGAAACCUCUCGACCUGUCCAAUAUAAUUCCACCCUGUCCAAUUGGAAACAUGAAUGAAUCAGCACCGCCCCUUUCUGCAGGCCCCACCUCCACUAAGAGGUUGCCAACUCUAGCUGCUGCUCAGAGAAUGAACGAAGAACAUGCUCUGAUCGCAGCAUAUGUGAACAAACUCCAAAGCAGCCCACGUGCGUUAGACAGUCCCGGCCGAAUAGAUGAAGAACACAAACUCAUCGCUCGAUAUGCAGCUCGCCUGUCCACAGACCCUGGAAACACAGCUAGCUCUCCGAACUUCGGCUGUGACACCAACAAACAACAGAGAGAACUUGUUAUGCAUCUGGAGAAUAAAAAUAGGGAGAUUCUGCAGGAGAUUCAGCGUUUGCGUGCAGAGCAUGAACAGGCGUGUCAGCCGACUCCAGAAAGAGUCCAACAGAACCCAACACUGCUCGCUGAACUUCGACAACUCCGGCAGAGGAAGGAUGAGUUGGAACAGAGGAUGUCGUCUCUACAGGAAAGCAGGAGAGAACUCAUGGUGCAGCUAGAAGGACUCAUGAAACUACUGAAGGAUGAGGAACAGAGACAAGCUGCUCAAGCCGCUGGUCCGUCCCCAGGUCACGCCUCUCCUCGUUCUGUCCCGAUGCCCAUUCGCUCUCACUCAGCAUGCUCCACCCCCACACGUACAGGCCACACCCCCACCCAUGAGCCCCAGGACUCUUUAGCUGGAGUUGGGGGAGAUGUUCAGGAAGCAUUUGCUCAGGGAGCUCGCAGAAACCUCCGAAAUGAUCUCCUAGUGGCGGCAGACUCAAUCACAGACACUGUCUCUUCACUGGUCAAAGAGCUAAACACGGAUGAUGUAGGAGAUGACGAAGAGAGACUUCUGAAUGGGAAAGACAGAGGUUAAUCCAAAUAUGAAGCAAGCAGUGCUAUGUUCGGGGUCACCAUUAAAAGCCCUCCGAAUCCAUGCUCAUCCAAUCAGAGAGCAGUUCUGGGUUUUGGGCGGGGUUUGGCUUCCUCUGGAUUGGUUGAGAAGGAAAAUAUUUUGUUUAUUGAUGUUUUCUUUGUUUUUUCUCUUUGAGGUAGUGAUGCAGUUUUCCAAGGUCUGUGUUGCGGAACUGUUGUACUGACUAGUUAGGUUUGCUUGAUUUUAGUAGUUGAUUUUGGUAAUGUUUUGAAAGCUUUUUAAAACCCCUAUGCAGCCAAAGACAUUUCAAAUCUAUCGGGGGGUUGCGGCCUUUCGUGAACUGGACAGAAUGGACUGAGGUGGAAACGGAAUGUAUUGAAAGGGAAAGCGGUACAUGAUUGAAAAAGUAGAGUGUUGAGUUGAUUGGCUGGCUGACGUAUGUGGGAGUGGUUUGUAUGAUGUGGGAGUGGUCAUGAUGUUGGGAGACACAACCGUAUUAUUGGAAUGAAAUGAAAGAAAAAGGGUCUAAUUCUGUACUGUAAUUUUAUUUUUAGGUACAUUUUUUUUUAUUUAUUUUCAUCAGUAGCUUUUUAAAUGUACAUUCAGAAGAUAUUUUGGUUGGGGGUAUUUUGAAGAACCAGUCUAACAAGAAGUGAUUUCAGACAGAGUUUGGAAGUCAGAUUUAGCAUUUGUGUAUAUUUAAGAUUAAACAGGUACUUUUAUUAAAAAGAGAGGAAUUACGUACUGUGCUCCGUACUGGAGGAUUUAUCCCACUAUGAAUUUUGUAGAUUUUUCAAGAAGCACUGUAUGUAGUUCUAAAUCAUCCUGUGAAUCUACAUUUCUUGCCCACAAACGUUUGCGCAGACACCAUCUGACCUGCUGUUUGCCUCUCAAUGUGGUUGUGUGCAUUUGUGCAAGGCUAGAAUGGGAGAAAUCAUCAUUUUAAUGCCUUCGUUUUCCCUUAAAGGACUGUGGGAAUUUAAUUUUUUAAUAUGUGUGUGUGUGUGUGUGUGUGUGUGUGUGUGUGUGUGUGUGUGUGUGUGUGUGUGUGUGUGUGUGUGAGAGAGUGAGAAACUGCUGAAAUUUUAAUCUUAAAAACCUGCCAAAAUGACUUGUUGAAUUGCAAGAGUUUGUUUGAAGUCUUUAAUCUUGUUAUUUGCUCUAUAAAAAUUGCCUUUGUUUGCCAAAUUCAUUCAUACAAUUUGCUCAUUCUGUGAUUCUGCCUGCGAUACAUGGGGUUAAAUGACAUCACUUCCUGUGGCCUUAGAGUCAAGAGCUCUUCUGUGAAAGCAGGGUUUGUAGUUUGUUUGGUGGAGCUUAUUAAAGACCACUGUGGUGCCGGUAGCCGCAGUGCUUGGCCUUCACACUGAACAACUCUUUAAUAUUUAAGAAAAGAAAACAAUUUUACAGAAAUGUCUCUGAAAUAGUCUAAAGAGGCCAUUAUGCACUCGCAUGUGAUUUUGUGUUGAUAUGUUGUGUUCGGAAUAAAUGACAUUAUGA